GUGGCCAUCGCUGGAUCGCUAGCGGCCGAAAUGAAGUUCAAUCCCUUUGUGACCUCUGACCGAAGCAAGAACCGGAAAAGGCAUUUCAAUGCGCCUUCCCACAUUCGCAGGAAUAUUAUGUCUUCCCCUCUUUCUAAAGAGCUGAGACAGAAGUACAAUGUCCGAUCCAUGCCCAUCCGGAAGGAUGAUGAAGUUCAGGUUGUACGAGGGCACUACAAAGGGCAGCAAAUUGGCAAAGUAGUCCAGGUUUACAGGAAGAAGUAUGUCAUCUACAUUGAACGAGUGCAGCGGGAGAAGGCUAAUGGCACAACUGUCCAUGUGGGCAUUCACCCCAGCAAGGUGGUUAUCACCAGACUAAAACUGGACAAAGACCGCAAAAAGAUCCUCGAACGUAAAGCCAAAUCUCGCCAAGUAGGAAAAGAAAAGGGCAACUAUAAGGAAGAAACAAUUGAGAAGAUGCAGGAAUGA